CGGGCGGGGACGCGCGGGGGCUCCUCGCUCCGGCAAACGGCGGCGGCGCGAGCGGAGUCCCGCCGCGAAGAUGCUCAAAGUCACGACGCCCUCGUGCUCCGCCUCGUCCUGCUCCUCGGUCACCGCCACCGUGGCCCCGGGGCCCGGGAGCCUGGUGCCGGAUUACUGGGUCGACGGCUCCAACAGGGAUGCUCUGGGCGAUUUCUUCGAGGUGGAGUCGGAGCUGGGACGGGGUGCUACAUCCAUUGUGUACAGAUGCAAACAGAAGGGGACCCAGAAGCCUUAUGCUCUCAAAGUGUUAAAGAAAACAGCGAUGAUUCCAGAAUGCAGAGGGAUCUUUUCAUCAGUGGACAAAAAAAUCGUAAGAACUGAGAUAGGAGUUCUUCUUCGCCUCUCACAUCCAAACAUUAUAAAACUUAAAGAGAUAUUUGAAACCCCUACAGAAAUCAGUCUGGUCUUAGAACUCGUCACAGGAGGAGAGCUGUUUGACAGGAUUGUGGAAAAGGGAUAUUAUAGUGAACGAGAUGCCGCAGAUGCUGUCAAACAGAUCUUGGAGGCAGUCGCUUACCUACAUGAAAAUGGGAUUGUCCAUCGUGAUCUCAAACCAGAGAAUCUUCUCUAUGCAACUCCAGCACCAGAUGCGCCACUCAAAAUUGCUGAUUUUGGACUCUCCAAAAUCGUGGAACAUCAAGUACUCAUGAAGACAGUAUGUGGAACCCCAGGAUACUGCGCACCUGAAAUCCUUAGAGGCUGUGCCUAUGGACCCGAGGUGGACAUGUGGUCUGUGGGAAUAAUCACCUACAUCUUACUUUGUGGAUUUGAACCAUUCUAUGAUGAGAGAGGUGAUCAAUUCAUGUUCAGGAGAAUUCUGAAUUGUGAAUAUUACUUCAUCUCCCCCUGGUGGGAUGAAGUAUCUCUGAAUGCCAAGGAUUUGGUCAGAAAAUUAAUUGUACUGGAUCCUAAGAAAAGGCUGACUACCUUUCAAGCUCUCCAGCACCCAUGGGUAACAGGUAAAGCAGCCAACUUUGUACACAUGGAUACAGCUCAAAAGAAGCUCCAAGAAUUCAAUGCCCGGCGCAAGCUCAAGGCGGCGGUCAAGGCCGUGGUGGCCUCCUCCAGGCUCGGCAGCGCCAGCAGCAGCCACAGCAGCGUCCAGGAGGGUCGCGCUAGCCGGGAGCCAUCUCCACCUCAGGCUGGCAACGAGGGCGUUCCGGGGGGCGAGGGGCCCCCUGGGGCAGCUGAAGGGGCCGGAGCGGAGCUACCGGAGGUGCAGGCGGGGGAGGAGGUCAGCGGUGAUGAUGGAGACCUGGCCCCCAGGAUGGAGCCCGCGGUGUGGGAGGAGGAGAUGGAGGGGACCGACCCGGAGAUGGAGGGGCACCCGGCCGGGGAGACGCGGGCGACCGCUGGAGCUGCGGCAGCCCCUGGAGGAAGCGAGGAGGACCCUGCCCUGGAGGUUGGAGCUCAGCAGGGUGACUCAGUCCUGCCGGAGGACUAGUGGCUUUCUUCCCAUGUGGGAGCCAAAUCUGGGCACUUUGUGCGUUUUGUCCUUCAGCAAGGAAGGUGGAAGCAUGAUGUGCACUAUAGUGUGAUUCUGUUUCUGAGGUGCAAAAAAUACAUAUGUAUCAGUUGGUAAUCCUAACUUCAAUGCAUGUGACUGCUUUAUGAAAAAAUAGUGUCUCCUAUGGUACAUAAUGGAUAUCAGAUACUGAUGAAUUAAAUUUGAAAUUGCAAGUAAACACAACAUAUAAAAACAUACAUUUUCAGGGACCAGUAGUGCACAGUUGAGGUAAAUAGUAACAAAUUGUUUUUGCUUUGAAAACCUGGUCAUCUUCCACCCUUUGGAUUUCUUCAGAAGGUAAUUCCUUUGGACUGUUGCUCAGCUAAUACUAGGUAGAGCUAUAAGAUGUAUUCCCAUGACAUUUACAAUAUCUUCAGUAAUGUGUUCAAACUGUUUACAAGAAGAUGGUUAGGUUAUAGUUGUAUGUGCAAAAAAAAAAAAUUGCAUAUAUACCACUUAUAAUGGUAAGAAACUGAAGCGUAUUUUAAGGGCUAUGAAACCAUAUGCCCGUAAACCUUGUGUGGAGAAUGCUUUUUUUAGCUUGUCUUUAUUUAUAUACACCAUAUUACUAAUAACCCAAAAUGUUCUAUCACAAAAUUCUGCCAUUUUAUAGUCCUGGAAAAAAGUCUUUUACAAAUUCAUGCUGAGGAAUUUAUUCUCACCUUCACCUGCUCCCUAAUAAGAAGUCCUUAUGAUGGACAGCACUUAGAAGUGGGAAAAAGAAACUUAGAGAAAAAAGAAAAACUGGACUUAGACUGUGAAGACUGACUUUGCCAUUUCAAAUAAAAUUGAAUUUAUUCAUGAGCUUGUACAGUUUUAAAGAUAGGAACAUUUUUAUGGAUAAAUUCUAUACUAACCAAGGUUCUAAAUUUAUAAAAAAUCUAUACGAAUGGCUGGUGCAAAAAUGUCUGAAUAGAGUGAGAGUAAUAUGCCACUGUAAGAUCAUUCAUUAUUUAUUUCACUAUAGUAAGGAAGGGGCUUCCCCAAUGGCCCAGCAGUAAAGAAUCAGCCUGCGAUGCAGGAGAUGUGGGUUUGAUCCCUGGGUCAGGAAGAUUCCCUGGAGGAGGAAAUGGCAACCCACUCCAGUAUUCUUGCCUGGAAAAUCCCAUGGACAGAGGAGCCUGGUGGGCUACAAUCCAUGGGUUUGCAAGGGAUCGGAUACAAUUGAGCAUGCACACACAUAGUAAGAAAACAUUUUUGUUUAUAAAAGUUCUUUUUUCCUUCAAUUGAUGGUUCUUUAGAUAUAUUGCUUAUGGGCUAAAGAUAUUUCUAAAAAGCGAGUAUACUUUUUUCUCAUGCUUGGAAUGGAAGCACUCAUAAUUCACAAUUUAGUUUUGAAAGUUUCCAUGUUGAAAAACUUAGGACAGUGCAACUUUUCAUGUAGUUUAAUAAACAAAAACAAAGGGAAAAAAUAAACUUUGAUUUAAAAUCAGACUCUUGAGAAGCUGUAACAUUAGACCUAAUACUUCACCAUGAUUUUUUUCAAAAUAUUUUUCUUUGGUUUUCACAUAAACACUUUUUACUUAUAAAAACUCACAGUUAAAUUCCAAACAUCUCAGAUUUAUCUCUAGUUUGAGCUUAAAUGGACAUUUUAAUCAACUUAGUUAUAUAGCAUAUUUUAGUAGGUUUCCUUAAUUUAAAAAAAUUAUUUUCAGGCCAAAAUUUUGGACAAUAGAAAUGACUAUCAGAUAAAAAUCCUCAUCAAAAAGAGAGGUCUUAAAUUCUUUUGGUGCUUCCUCAGAACUAUUAAGUUGGAAAAUUAAACCUAUGGAUUCUGUCAGACCUUGUAGAUGUUCUGCUUUCCAAGUGCAGGUGUUAACUUCACUGCUGUUCUCAUGAGGACAAUAAAGGAGGACUUCUUGUCUUCCCUAAUAUAAGGGCCUGACGGGCCACUGACAUGGAGGAGGAGGCCCACGAGGCGCACAGCUGUGAGCAUCUGAGAAAGAAUGCUUUAGUUUGUUUUAUGUUCAUUAACUAGUAGAGACUAUUUAUCUUCUUUACUGUCUCUUUCCUUCCUUAUUCUCUCAGUUUCCAUUUUUAGGUAUUAUAAGAGGCUGACUAGGUUUAACCUUUUAAGAAUGCCUUAUUCCCUAAGCAUUAAGAUUUCCAUUUUAGUGGCUGAGUAAUAUUCCAUUGUGUAUAUGUACCACAGCUUUCUCAUCCCUUGUGUCCUUUCCCGAGGAGACUUCCUGUGAAGUCUCUCUACAUGGUUAGGUGAUAGAUGGCAAGUGCCCCAUAUAUUUGGAAAAGGGAAGAAGAGAGGGAAAGGAAUCUUAAUGGAAUGGGGCAUAUAGUCAGACCGUGUUGUGUGAAGAGCACUGCAGAUCCAGGAGCCAGUGUGCGUUUAAGAACUCACCCAGUUACACCAGCGCACACGCCCGCUCCCUGAGGAGUGAGGGUGUGAGUGUCAUUUCCUCUUUUUAACCUGCAGCUUGCAUUCUCAAAAUGAGAGGGAGUUUUAGAUAUUGAUUUGAAUGUUAAAAAUUAAGACCUGAUAAUGCCUAAAUGACUGAGAGAGUCAUUUCAGUGGAAAACAAGCUUUCACAAAAAUCUAUCAUUUCAUCCAAAUGAUUCAACCUGAGAUUUCAUAGAGAUGCUAUUUAAAUUACCAUAGUUAACAUUUUUGAAAAAACAAUACACAUUUAUAUUCCCUGUUAAAAUGGGAUAUAUUAUCUCUCUCAAAGAGUACUUAGCUAAAUAAUAGUAGACUAAUGCAGAUAGAACCUUAAUUUGAUGAAUUAUUUUGUAAUGUUUCCUUUAUUUGACGAUAUAGUCACAAAGCAAAAUGAUCAAGGGAAUUUCAGCAAACAAUAAACUACAUUUUGCAUUUUAGAA